GGAAGUCUCCAAAAAAGGGGACCCCUCCUCGAAAGAGUUUGUGGCGGCGACAGUAAUGAAGGUUCAGAAGUUGCCCUGUAAAAAAGCCAGCGCUUGAAAACCGGGAACCAUUUGGCAUCAAUAAAUGAAGGAAACAAAAGAGAACUCCAGCCCUUCUGUAGCAUCGGCAAACCUGGACCACACGAAACCAUGCUGGUACUGGGAUAAGAAAGACUUGGCUCAUACGCCAUCGCAGCUAGAAGGACUCGAUCCAGCUACCGAAGCAAGAUAUCGGAGGGAAGGUGCUCGUUUCAUAUUUGAUGUAGGAACCCGUUUGGGACUACAUUAUGAUACGCUAGCAACUGGGAUAAUUUAUUUUCAUCGAUUUUAUAUGUUCCAUUCCUUCAAGCAGUUUCCAAGAUAUGUGACUGGAGCUUGCUGUCUCUUCCUAGCAGGAAAAGUUGAAGAAACACCCAAAAAAUGUAAAGAUAUAAUCAAAACAGCUCGUAGUUUACUAAAUGAUGUGCAGUUCGGACAAUUUGGAGAUGAUCCAAAGCAAAGAAAUAAUCCACUGCACAGGGGAAGCAGUGAAACUGGCCACACAGAGUGCAGCCAUAUGCAUACAGAAGAAGUUAUGGUUUUAGAGAGGAUAUUGUUGCAGACAAUAAAAUUUGACUUGCAAGUGGAGCAUCCUUACCAGUUCCUGCUUAAAUAUGCUAAGCAGCUCAAAGGUGACAAGAACAAAAUUCAAAAACUGGUUCAAAUGGCAUGGACAUUUGUAAACGACAGUCUGUGCACUACAUUGUCGCUGCAGUGGGAGCCUGAGAUCAUAGCGGUUGCUGUCAUGUAUCUGGCCGGCCGCUUGUGCAAAUUUGAGAUUCAGGAGUGGACAUCAAAGCCAAUGUACAGAAGGUGGUGGGAGCAGUUUGUGCAAGAUGUACCUGUGGAUGUCCUGGAAGACAUCUGUCACCAGAUCCUGGAUCUGUACUCGCAGGGGAAGCAACAAAUGCCUCAUCACACCCCACAUCAGCUGCAGCAGCCUCCUUCCCUUCAGUCGACGCCUCCAGUGCCUCCAACCCAGCAGUCUCAAAGCUCAGAGCAGUCACAGGCGCCUCAACCGAAAGAGUCUCAACAGGCAGGACAGCCGCCGCCACCCCCACCCCCGCAAACACAGCCAUCUAAAAAACCAUCUCCUCAGUCAAGUCCUCCCAGGCAGACGAAAAGACCAGUGGCAGCAUCACCAAAGGACGAAACCAAAACUGCAGAGGCUCCUCCUCCUAAAAUUGCUAAAAUUGAGACUUCACACCCACCAGCCCCCCCUGCGCAUCCACCACCUGAGCAUAAGCCUCCUCUGACUGCCGCUGUUUCCAUGGCAGGCGAUCAGACGACUACAGCAGAUUCUGUAGACAUGGCAAAGGUGCAGAUUGCUCCUCCGUCGCAUCCCGCUCCUGUGCAUCAGCCGCCCCCUAUGCCUCACCGCCCGCCACCCCCACCUCCACCGUCCAGUUACAUCACCGGCAUGUCCACCACCAAUUCUUACAUGUCAGGAGAGGGCUAUCAGAGCCUUCAGUCAAUGAUGAAGACCGAAGCACCGACCUACGGAGCUCUGCCACCCUCCUAUGGACCUCCAACUCACUUACCAUACCACCCACAUGUGUACCCUCCCAACCCUCCUCCUGUUCCGCCACCCACAUCAUUCCCCCCACCAUCUAUUCCUCCUCCUACCCCGGGCUACCCGCCACCGCCUACCUACAAUCCUAACUUCCCCCCUCCCCGGUUACCUCCUUCUCACGCUGUCCCGCCUCAUCCUCCUCCAGGACUGGGAAUGCCACCAGCAAACUACCCCCCUCCUGCCGUGCCCCCUGGUGGGCAGCCACCAGUCCCACCUCCCAUACCGCCGCCUGGGAUGCCACCUGUUGCUGGACUUGGACGUGCUACCUGGAUGAGAUAGCAGUUGUACAUAGCAUACGCUUUAACCUGGGGGAGGGAGGGAAGUGGUUUAAACAGGAUAGCUGAGUGGCAACUAGGGGAAUAGUCUAUAAUGAAGAGGCUGGCGUAUGGAAUCUAGGAGGCAGUGACUUAGAAUUUUGACCAGUUUGUUCACAGUAGAGAGCAGUGCAGGCUUUUAGUUUCAAUAUUGCAAAGCUAACUGAAAUCCAAGUUGUUCCGAGUUCAUUCUAGCAGUGGAUUACAUUGCACUAGUGAAGAUGUUUUGAAAGCCAUAUUGGCUAAGUUAUAUUGGUAAGAAAACUUGCUUCUAGAAAUCAGUGCCUACUUACUGAGUGUUGGGAUUAAGGUUAGCAUUCCAUCCGAGAGACCCUUUCUGGUUUUCAUUUAUGUAGUGUUCCAGCAACACUUAGAAGCAAUUUUAUUUAAUAUAUAUGCACAUAUAUAACACUCAACAACUGAUUGCUGAUGAGCCUCCAUUGGUGUCUGGCUUUCUGUCAUUUUUGGUUUGGAAUGUACUGGGUUCUUGACCUGUAAUGUAUGUUUAAACCUACGUGCAAAUUCCUGUACAUAAAUAUCUAUAUUUUCUAAGUGUGAAAGUCUGAAUGUAAUGGCAUAUUGUGAUUUACAACUUGGUUAAAAAAAAAAAGGCUGACUUUGUGGAAAUGUACCCAAAUAAACCUGGUUCUGGAA